AUGUUAGAAAAUGCCAUGGGUGAGGCAAGUGCCAGUGUGGCAGUCGUAACUGCAUUAAUGAGGCAGAAGUUGUCGGCUGCCAUAGAUGGCAAGAUUGACAAUUACACGGACCGUCUGGUCGAAAUGGCUGAUUUUCAAGAGCUUGUGAUAGAUCAGAGGGCCUUGGUCUCCUACUCUCUCCUCGUUUUCGUAUGCAAAAUGGCAUAUAUAUACGAAUAUAAACUGUGGAACAAAGAAAGUUGGCUGCACUGGGAUGGAAGCUAUCGGUUCUAUAUUACGACACAUCAGUUCUGAUGUUUAGUGAUUAGAUUAAUCCAUUUGAAACAGAGCGAAAGUGAUAGGUGCAUGGAUGGGAAGUUAAACCUUCAAGCUGAGCAAAUAAAAAUAACUGAAAACUAAUAAAUCAAAACAAAAUCUUGCAUUAAUCCCGUUUAAAUCGUGACUGUAAGUUAAUUAUGUGUCACGUUAGAUGUUGUCUAUUCAAUUUAAUGCAGAUUCUUGAGAAGGUUGGUCUACCAGAACUGUUCAUCCUCGUAGAGGAGAAAAUUGAAAAGGUUGUCCUUCCGAGUUAUGUGGAGGCCUCACGUGUCACUGAAACGUCUGUUCGGUUGCCGAAGGAAGUUAGUAGUGACACGGACAAAGCGUUGAAGAAUUUCUUCGCGUCAAUUACAACUUUCGACGUUCAGAACGUAAGUAUUGAUAAUAGUUUCAUGAUCAGUUGUUAUUUGUCCCAAUUCAUUAUUCAUACAAAUAUAUAUAUAUAUAUAUAUAUAUAUAUAUAUAUAUAUUGUGUGCAUUUUAUUUAUUUAUUUUUUUGGAUGUUGUAAAAUCUGGCCGGCCAUAAUUAUUAUUUUGACUUCCUUGUCAGGUUGCUCCCUUUGUCAAUAAUAGGAUAAAGCCCACUAGAUGCGGCUGUGGGGAAGCAGUAGCUUUUAAUGUGCCUUGCUUAGCUCGGCACAUUAAGGUUACUGGCAUCGACCCGGUAAUUACCGAUGCCAAAAUACGGCAUUUUAUAACGUCGAAAGCGAUUGGUUGCGUAGGCAAGUCGAACAAGUUUUGGAGCCGAACAACAAGCUCGACAUCUGCCCACAUAAGUAGGCGUUACCUUGAUGCUGAAAUUUUGGGUGGACUUGAUAAAGGUAAAAUUAUACGAUGCAAAAAAACUGAUAUGCUCUUUUAACAGUAGUUUUAAUUUUACUUUGCCCAUACCAUUUUGCGCAAAUAAGUGGGCAUAAGUGAGAGAACCUAGAGUCCAAAAGAGUCUUGCAUUCUUACAAAGUACAAAUAUAUACUACACACGUUUUCAAAAACGUCGUAAUUUGAAAAUAUAUAGAUAUACCUUUCCUGUUCUCAUUUAAAAUGUGAUAGACGAUGCAUGUAUAUUUCAAAUCAAAGGAACAAUACUUGAGGAACUAAAAGUGAACUGCCCUUAUGGGCAAUUGUUGUUUUUUCUACCAAUUUAUAUCGGUUGUCAGCGUCUUUCGGAGGAGACUAUAGCCUGUUUGAAGAGAAUUGUGUUGCUUUGAAGACCUCUUUGAUGUUUUUAAAAUCUUUAUGUAAAACAACCUUGACUGAACUAUGACUGUCUAUACACCACAACAAGUACAAAAGUACACAAGGCUUCUGUGAUAAUUCUGUUUUGCAAAUGAUUAUUGUUUUAUUUUCUUGUUUUCAGCUUUUUCAUCACUGACUGCCAGUACAUCAUCUAUAGUACGUACUAAUGAAUUGAAUUAAUUGAUUUAAGUACAAGUGCUUUACCAUGAAAACAAUCAAACCAAACAUGUUAUCAGUGAAAGUCAACCAUACAAAUUUCACAUCCAGUUCGAUUUUUUUGUGUCUUCUAGAUAAUGAUUUAUUUGGAGUAAGAAACUAUCAAAAAGGAAGCAUUUAACAAAAGAAUCUGAUAAAAUAUUACUCAGAGAUUGAAAAUUCACUAAAUGAGACAAAAUACUUAUUGAAGCUCCGUUUUCUAGAUGAUUCCCCAAGAGAAACAGACAUAGGCGAGACAAGCUCAUCUAGCGAUGUUCAAGGCAAGUUACAAUUUUUCCAGCAUCCCGUAUAUUUCAUGGCUUUUUUACGUUUUUUUAUGUUGUCAAGCAUGCUCGCCUGCAUCGUCUAUAUGUGACAAAAUCUUAUAUGCCCUUCCCCACGUUGAGACUUAAGAGAAAAACCAACGAGCAAUCAGGUUAUCAAGCAAUCAGAGAUUGAAAUAAUGCGAUAAAUCUCAGAAUGUAAUUUUUCAGUGCCACUUAUUAGCCGUGUUAUCUUUUCCUUAAGGUGAUGUACCAACAGAUGCUGACCAAGGUAAUCUUAAGAAUGUUGAUGAACUCGAUCUCCCCCGCCCUUUAGUAUUUCAAGAACUCGUCAAUUAAAAUUUACCAGAUUAAACAUAAACAAAGAAACAACAAGAAAGCUGUUCACACGGUUGAAAAGCAAGGUUAUCUCCAUUAUACUUGUGAAGAUUUUCUGUCGGCACCUCGAUUUCUAGAUUGUUUACUUUGAACUGUUCUUUUUGGCUGUUACAAAUCUCUCGAACUUUUUCAGACGCAAUAAUCGUGAGUGGUGCUGAAACAAGAGGUAUUUUUUGCUAUCGUACAACCAUAAAAUAUGUUUACUUUUCUCUCCUUUCUUCUCUUAUACUUGAUUCAUUUCCUGCAAAAAACGUGCAUCUUAAUUAUGUUGGAAAAAAGGGUAGGAAACCAUUUUUGUUAUAGAUUUGUUCUGAGGACUUAUCAACGUGGAUUUAUCAUCGCUGUUCUCAAUGCUCAAACCUACAUGAACGAUGCGCAGUGUUAUUUCCAUGGCAGUAUGCUAGCAUCAUGUUACGUUUUUGCAACUUAAUAAUGAUAUAAAUUUAUCGACUGUUGAUAGGGAGUGGAGAACCCGGCGUCUUCAAAAGUUACAGGUAAAAAUCCGCAUAUUUCACACGGAACCAUGGAGGAUGGAAACCUCCUGUUUUAAUGUAAUAAUAUUAGUCUGCCAUUAGAGUGUGCCCAAAAGUUUCGAAAAGACAUAAAUGACUAGAUUCCAUUUUUCAGUGCGUAUAUACUCUAGUUACGCAUAGAGGGCGUCCAAACGUAGAUCGUUUGCUGGAAGUUUAACCUGUGCAUGUCAAUUACCAGUCGGUUUUGCAUUUUAAUCACUGCCUAGAGAUUCUGUUGUUUGAACACCUGGAAAUAGAUUCUUCUUUAUACGAUCAUAAAAUAUAUAUUUCUUCUUUUCUUACAGAAACAAGGACUGGUGGAAGACAAGUCUCAAAGACGAAAGAGCGAAAAGGUAUGA